CUCAAUCCCACUAAAAUAGGUGGAAUUGACAUCAUGGAAAUCACGUACUUUCUUUGCCGUCAUCAACUGCGGUAAGCUCCGCACUUCUGAAACCCUGAACCUCCCCAUAGAACCAAACCAUGCCGCUGAGAACGAAACCAUCUGCCAUCUGAAAACGAAACCCUAGGGCUAUUGCUAGAGCUUCUUCCCUCUCUCUCUAGAGCAUCUUCGGAUCCACUCGCACCUCUGUAGAGCCAUAUGCUGAAGAACGAAACCCUAACGCCAUUGCUCUCUAUCCUCUCUCUGGAGCUUCUUCGGUUCCACUCGCACCUCUCUGUAGAGCCCCAACAGAAAAUUUGUAUCAUUGGGUGCAAAUAAGUGACUGCUCAGCUCAACUUUUGCUCUUCGCAAUGAAGGAUACAUGAUAAAGAACACCUUGAGGAGUGUUUGGAUCCAUUGAGAGCUGUAAUGGUGUAGUGUUCUUGCAAGAGAUUUCUAAAACUGAUUCUUUUGCCAUGCAAGAAUCAUUAACUACCAAGCUUGUGUCAUUUUUGCUCAUCUGAGGAAAUACAAAGUUGGAAGGAUGGAACAUGCUGAUGAUGAAUGUCGGGCAGCUGGCGAUCACCAUGGCAAACAAGAUGGUGAGGAGAGCGUUGCCCGUCUUGAGGAGUUCAAAAAGUCGAUUGAAGCAAAGAUGGCUUUACGUCGAAGUAAUCUUAGUCCUGAAAGACCAGAUUCAGCUUUCCUCAGGACGUUAGAUUCCAGCAUAAAGCGUAAUACAACAGUUAUUAAGAAGCUUAAACAAAUAAAUGAGGAGCAGCGUGAAGCACUGAUGGAAGACCUAAGAAGCAUUAAUUUGAGCAAGUUUGUGAGUGAAGCUGUGACAUCUAUUUGUGAAGCAAAACUUAGAACUUCAGAUAUACAGGCAGCUGUUCAGGUAUGUUCUUUGCUCCAUCAAAGGUACAAGGAUUUCUCCCCUAGCCUAAUUCAAGGGCUAUUGAAAGUGUUCUUCCCUGGAAAAUCUGGAGAAGAUUUGGAUGUCGAUCGGAGCAUGAGGGCACUGAAGAAGCGCAGCACUCUAAAGCUCCUCAUGGAACUAUAUUUUGUUGGAGUUAUUGAUGAUGCUGGCAUUUUCAUAAACAUAAUUAAGGAUCUUACUAGCUUGGAGCAUUUGAAGGACCGAGACACAACCCAGACGAAUUUAUCGCUGCUUGCUGGUUUUGCUCGUCAGGGAAGAAUUUUCUUGGGACUGCCUCUAUCGGGACAAGAAGUGCUAGAGGAGUUCUUCAAAGACCUUAAUAUUACAGCAGAUCAAAAGAAGAUCUUGAGGAAAGCAGUCUUCUCGUAUUAUGAUGCUGCAGCUGAUCUCCUACAGGCUGAGCAUAAUUCACUUCGGCAGAUGGAACACGAAAAUGCUAAGAUUUUGAAUGCGAAGGGGGAACUCUGCGAUGAAAAUGUGAAUGCGUAUGAAAAGCUUCGGAAAUCUUACGAUCACCUGUUUCGCGGUGUCUCCUCUUUAGCAGAAGCACUCGAUAUGCCCCCUCCAGUGAUGCCAGAAGACGUUCACACAACUAGAGUUAGUACUGGAGAAGAAGUAACAUCACCCGCUGCUGGAAGAGAUUCUUCUGUUAUGGAACCUAUAUGGGAUGAUGAGGACACAAAGGCAUUUUAUGAGUGCUUGCCAGAUCUCAGAGCAUUUGUUCCUGCUGUACUAUUGGGAGAAGCAGAACCAAGGACCACUGAGCAAUCUGCUAAGGCAUCAGAGCAGCAGACUGAAUCAGCUUCAGAGCCAGAUCAAGGUCUUCUCGGGGUACAGGAGAUUGCACAAAUCUCUGUGGAUUCUGAAGCUUCACCAGAAGGGAAAGCAGAUGAGAGAGCUAAGGACAGAGAAGAAAGGGAUAAAGAGAAAGGAAAAGAAGUCAAGACCAAAGAGGAAAAAGAUAAAGAGAAAGGUAAAGAUGUUGAUAAAGAAAAAUGGAAGGAAAAAGAUGGAGACAAGAAAGGAGAAAAUGAGAAAGUUAAAGGUAUCGAUGGUACAAAUUUGGAUAGUAUGUUACAGAGGCUUCCUGGAUGCGUCAGCCGUGACCUUAUUGAUCAAUUGACAGUAGAGUUUUGUUAUUUAAAUUCGAAGACAAAUCGAAAAAAGCUAGUUAAGGCACUGUUCAAUGUCCCUAGAACUUCCUUAGAGUUACUUGCAUACUAUUCUCGUAUGGUGGCAACACUUUCAACGUGCAUGAAGGAUGUGUCUUCUAUGCUUUUGCAGCUGUUGGAGGAAGAAUUUAACUUCUUAAUUAAUAAAAAGGAUCAAAUGAAUAUUGAAACAAAGAUUCGGAAUAUAAGGUUUAUAGGAGAGUUGGCAAAGUUCAAAAUCGCGCCCGCAGGUUUGGUCUUUAGCUGUUUGAAGACUUGUUUAGAUGAUUUCACUCAUCACAACAUAGAUGUCGCUUGCAAUCUUCUUGAGACUUGUGGACGCUUCCUGUAUCGCUCACCAGAAACGACAAUACGUAUGGCAAACAUGUUAGAGAUAUUGAUGAGAUUAAAGAACGUUAAAAAUUUGGAUCCUAGACACAGUACUCUUGUGGAAAAUGCUUAUUACUUGUGCAAACCCCCCGAACGUUCUGCACGGGUGUCUAAAAUUCGUCCACCAUUACAUCAGUAUAUAAGAAAAUUGCUAUUCUCAGACCUGGACAAGUCUUCAAUUGAGCAUGUUUUGCGCCAGCUACGCAAAUUACCUUGGAAUGAUUGUGAACCAUACCUUUUGAAAUGCUUCAUGAAGGUUCAUAGAGGGAAAUACAGUCAAGUUCAUUUGAUUGCUUCACUCACUCUAGGCUUGAGCCGGUACCAUGAUGAAUUUGCUGUUGCAGUUGUGGAUGAGGUCUUGGAGGAGAUCAGGUUAGGACUGGAGUUGAAUGAUUAUGGGAUGCAGCAGCGACGAAUAGCACAUAUGCGGUUUUUGGGAGAGCUAUACAACUAUGAACAGAUUGACUCCUCUGUUAUAUUUGAAACGCUCUAUUUGAUUCUUACUUUUGGCCAUGGCACCCCCGAGCAAGAUACAUUGGACCCGCCUGAAGAUUGUUUCCGGAUCAGGAUGAUUAUUACGCUUCUCCAGACAUGUGGUCGAUACUUCGAUAGAGGAUCUUCGAAGAGGAAGCUCGACAGAUUCUUGUUAUAUUUUCAGCAAUAUGUUCUCAGCAAAGGGUCAAUACCUCUUGAUAUCGAAUUUGAUAUUCAGGACCUUUUUGCGGAUCUCCGCCCAAACAUGUUGAGAUACUCAUCAAUGGAGGAAGUCAGUGCCGCUCUUGCAGAAUCUGAGGACCAGGAGCCCUCCUCGUCUGAUAAGCCUGGUAACACAGAGAGGCUCUCAGAUACAGAAAGCCACAGGGCCAACAAGCUCCCUCAUCCAACCAAUCGCAAUGGACAAGCAACAGUAGCCAAUGGAGGGCUUGACGAGAAUGGCAGGGCCGCUGAUAGCGAGACUGAGUCUGACAGUGGAAGCGCAACUGGUGGUCCCGAUGCCUAUGAAGAGGACUCAGGACGUGGGGAACAUGGUGGGUCUGAUGAGGAAGAUAAUGAGGACGACGAGGGUGGGGUCCACAUGGGGUUAGAAGAGGAAGAGGAGGUGAGGGUUAGGUCAAAGACCAAGGUGGACCCUGUAGAAGAGGCAGAUUUCGAGCGUGAGCUUCGUGCCUUGGUUCAGGAGAGUCUUGAUUCUCGUAAGCUUGAGCUGAGGGGCCGGCCUGCCCUUAACAUGAUGAUACCCAUGAAUGUGUUUGAGGGCUUGAGUAGUGGGUCUCACCACCAUGGCCGAGGUGAUGAGAGUGAUGAUGAGGGUGCUGAUGAGGAAGGGGGAGGAGGGGUAUCAGUUAGGGUUUUGGUGAAGAAGGGGAAUAAGCAACAAACAAAGCAAUUGAGUGUUCCGAAGGGUUGUGCAUUAGUUCAAGGGACUAAGCAGAAGGAGGCAGCAGAGUUGGAGGAGAAGCAAAAUAUAAAGAGGCUGAUACUUGAGUAUAAUGACAGGGAGGAGGAGGAGGCUUCUGGGGUUGGAAGUGGAGGGGGGCAGGUGAUGGGUUGGGGGCAGGUGGGGCCUAGUGGAGGUGUGGGGAGGUCGGUGGGGAGGGGGUUGUGGGAGGGUGGAAGGCAUCAUGGUGGAGGUCUUCGGGGACGGCACCACUACAUGAUGGGUGGGGGAUAUGUGCGGAGAAAGUGAGGAGCGAGAGACAGUUUUUGCCUUUUUUGGCUUUGUUAUUCAUGGUUGAGGGUGAAGUAUGCUAUGAGUGGAAAAUUGGAGAGAAGAAAACUCGGGGUAUAGGAGAUAUAUGAAGAGGGUUUCAAUCUUUGGUGGUUUUUGAGAGGCAACUAGGGAGAAUGUGUAUAUGUUUAUUUGGUUGGUUUCUAGGGACACAAUCAGGAAUAAUGUGAAUGUGGUCCACUGGUUUCUUGGGUUGGUUUAGAGAGAGAGGAGCGAGGCAGUAGGAAGAAUUUGAAGGCGAUGAUGUGUUUCUUGGGUUUGAAUUUUGCCUGUGAGAAGAGAUGGUUGCAGCAGUAGCCCACAUGAUCAUGGUGCUGCCACACUAAAACGACAGUAGGGAAAUUUGUUGGUAUCUUAAGCUUUGCUUGAUGCAUGAAGUCCAUCUGGUUGCAUGUUUCUUAGCAUCGGUUCCCAGGUUCUAAGGAAUGGCCCUUGGUAACUAUGGCUUUGUUAAGCACCUGUGUAUGGUGUGUUAUGGUUUUAGGAUGUUACUUGUAAAGAGGUCUGGAUUCUUGAAAAGGAAUUUGGUCACUAGUGCUGUUUCAUGUCAUAUUUGAUAUUUAAACCUUUGUUUCAUUGUAAUAUCCUUUCCAGCUCAGCUCUUUUCCAUCGAGAUUGUGUACCAUGAGAUCAUUUACCUUUGUUUUACGGUGGUCACAAUUGCUAUUCAUGUCAAAUUGGAUGGUUUAGGGUGUUAUUUUUUAAA